AUGGGCCUCGACACUUUUGACGCCGCGACAUCAGUGCGUCACCAUCGGUUAGGCGGCCAGCAGCCUUCUGUGAGUCACAUUCUCAUGCAUCAGCAAAAACGCCAAAACUCGAUACAGACAGCGAGCCUGUCAGCAGACCAAACGACUAGGUUCCUGGGUCCUUGCGCACACCGGCUGUUCCUCCCAACGGUAGCUGUUUGCGAUAAGCUGCUGCUAUUUGUGCUUGUCGCCCUGGUCAUCGGUGUCACCCUCGCCUCAAGCCACACAUCACGAAAUCAUCAAGUCAUCAACACGCAUGAAACGGGCCAGGACGAAGCACAGCCUUCCCAGGCUCAUGAUGUCGCAGAAGUCUUACAAAUCCGUCUAUCCACCAUGCGGUUGUCAGACUCUGCUUAUCUUACACUCCACCUUCACGCAGCGCCACAAGUGCUCGUACGACCGGAUUCCGGAUAUCCUAGCACCUAG